CGGUACACUGCACUCGGCGGCCGUUUUAGCGUUUUUCCCGACAAGACGACUUCGUUCACAUCGCGAAUAAACGUUACCAUUUGCGCGUCCGUUUCGAUCGCGAAUCGCAUAUUAUUAUUAUUGUCGUUGUUGUUAGAGUUCUUCGAUCAACUAGACCACACACACACACACACACACAUACACGCAUAUAAACAAACACAUAAACAAUCAUACACACACACACACACACACACACACACACACACACGUAAAGCUCAACGUGUGUUGCACUUGCCGGUUGAGACGGAGAACGAUAAAGAGACGGUAAAAAAAAAAAGAUAAAGGCAGAUAAAGAGAGAGAGAGAGAGAGAAAGAAAUUAAACUGCACGCAGUUUUACGAAAUCUACUAAUUUCUCCGCCGUUGGUCGUCGUCUAAUAAACUGAACUUGACACAUUCGAGAAAUGAAACUGACCCGCUACGCCACUGUAGUCGUCCGACCAGGACGUUUAACCGACAACUGCUCAUGUACGCCAGCAGGACACGUCGUUUUACAGAUGGUCGACCGUCCACCAUUCGAUGCGUGAUAAGACGUGCGGCGGACACGACAACGAUGACGAGCACGUACAAAACGCGACCGUCCACCCGAACCGCAGCGGCCGCGCCGCCGGUGCUGCUGCCGCUGAUGCUGCUGUACGCCGUGGCCAGCACGCCCGCUGCGGCCGCGUCGCCGACAAGUGGCGACAUGAGCCUGCUGACCAUGCAGCGCAUCAAGUCGUACGUGGACGACACGUGCACGUUGGACCCGCACUGCCAGUGGACGUGGGACCGUUUCCCCAACGGGCUGCGCAAUGUGUCCGUGGACGAGGCGGCCAAUAUGGUGCCGCGCGACUACAUGUUCCCGCCGGGUAACGACGCGGAGACACCGGGACAGCGAGGAAAUUUCUUGUUCGUCUACGGCCAUGAAAAUACACCCCAUAUCUAUAUACUGAGUCCUUACUACACCGUGGGUGUAUUCGAUAAUAUCGGGUGUUCAUUAUCAUUUCAAAUGCACACCAACGUCACGGUGCCCAGUCAAGUAUCGAUAAUGCUUAAGACCGAAAAUUAUACUUCAUUAAUUCAGGACAACGUGGAGAACAAUAACCCAAUCAUUUGGGAGAAAAAGAAAGUACUAUUGGGUCGGCAAACAAGACAAGUAAUUAUUGAAAUAAACGUCAAGCCUGGGUCACAUGUCGCCAUCGAUGAUAUUAAACUAGAAGAUUGUUUACCUGAAUAUUUUACUGGCAUAACCGACAGUGGUUGUCCAACCGACUCGCAUUUCUUGUGUUCUGACAACAUGACAUGCAUACCGUAUCACCGCGUUUGUGAUAUCAGUCCGGAUUGUCCCGAUGAAACGGACGAAACCGACAACUGUUUGCUUGUUCCCCCCGAAGCCCGAUGUACAUUCGAAUCGGGGUUCUGUGGCUGGCAAAAUACGUCCGAAGAAAUGUCUCUGACAUGGAAACUGAACAAAGGUGAUCGACAAAAGUUCACCGGACCAAAAUGGGAUAAUACUUAUCAAAACCGAUCUGGGACAUACGCUUACGUAGAUAUGUCCGGACCAUCUUAUCUUGGGUCGGCAGCACGCAUGGAGAGCAUACAUUUUCAUCCACCGCCUCCGUACUGUUCUGACCAACAGUCGAAAUAUUUCAACACAUGUUAUGUAAAUAUCUUUUUUUUUUAUCACAAAUAUGGUUCUCAUAGCGGUUCUUUAGGACUCUAUUUAAUCGAAACUCAUGGUGAAGUUGAUCGAAUGCGAAGAUUAUGGUGGAGUUUUGGAAGCUAUGGUAAUACAUGGCUUCGAUCUGUCGUUUAUUUAGAAAACAUCACAACAAGUUAUUAUUUGCAAUUCGAAGCUCGAAAAUUCAUGUCUCAAAAAGGAGAUGUCGCAAUAGACGAUAUAGCUAUGAGUCCGAAAUGUUUCGGUUUAGAUGUACCGAAAGAAGUACUCAAAGGAUAUAAAUAUGAAAUUGCUGGUACAUCAAAUGAUUCUGCAACGCCUUUGAAGAUUCCGAUUAAUCCGGAUUUCCGAAAUAAAACUGUUUACAAAUUUACAUCAUGCGGAUCAAGAGGUAGAUUGGGUCCUAGUAAUAGAUCUUGCGAAGCGGCGUACACUAACAGUACUGUAUCCGUCAUUGUUGUCAACGAUACGUACAUGGACGGCGUACAAAUUUGGCGUGUACCUGAAACAGGAGUAUACACUAUAAUAGCAAGAGGAGCUCGAGGCGGCAAGGGUGCUGACGGAAUGGGCAUUUCUAAAGGGGCUACAGCGAUCGCCGUGAUCGAACUGUCCAAACACCAGCAGCUGUACAUCUUGGUCGGCCAAGAAGGCGGCGACGCAUGCCGAAAAACUUUCGAAAAGCACGACGGCGCAUGCCAACGAGAACAAUACUUCAGAACGGGAAGUGCUCUGAGGGAAUUGCACGACUUGCGCUUGCUCAACGGCGGCGGCGGUGGUGGCGGUGGAUCAUUUGUUUUUACAGGAUCGCGAGAAACGGAGUUCAUACCCUUGGUGAUUGGCGCUGGCGGAGGUGGUUUAGCACACGGACCGUUCAAAGACGACAGAAGUCAACACGGCAACGGUACGAACCCCAGAUUACCUGCUAUCACUGCACCAUCUUUCGGCGAAAACCCUGCAGGCGCAGGCGGUGGCUGGGCCCCGGGCAACUACACGGAGGACAAGAAGACCACAGGGUCGGCGUUGCUGGGAGUCGGCGGUGUCGGCAGCGAGGGCGGUGGCGUUGGCGGUCUGGCGUGCUACAAAAGCCGCGGCAACACCAAAGGCUUCGGCGGAUUUGGCGGCGGUGGUGGUGGAUGCGUGGCCGGAGGGGGAGGCGGCGGUUUCACUGGCGGUCGCGCUUGGAGCAACAGUCAGACGAACGGCGAGGGCGGUUGGUCGUACUUGCCGGACCGCCGUCACGUGUUCUACAGGGCUGUGUACCCCGGUAGCCACUACGGCUCCGGCACUGUGUUCGUCAUACCGGCCAUCGUCGGCUGCGGCUGCGCGUACUUGUGCGCGGCCACCAACCAUCUGCGCAACGCCGUCGUCUGCAUCUGCCCGUCCGACUUCAAGCUCGGGCCCGAUGGCAAAUCUUGCAUAUAUCAAUCUACAGAAACAACAAAGAUUAUAUUUUUGAUCACUGGAAGUGUAUUCACAGUUGUACUCAUAUGUUUGAUCCUCGGAAUUUGGAUGUACAGGAGUUAUCGAAAACGUAAAGAGCGCAAGGAAAACGUCAAUAUACUUCAUAACGGAAUUUUAAAUUAUAAUGUAGCAUUAAGAAAUAGAAAUGGUAAUGCGGAUAUCAAUCCUAGUUAUGAUUUCAAUGGGAGAACAUUGACGACAAAUGAUUUACCAAGAAUAUCGAGAGAUGAAUUAAGAAUACAAAAAUCCAUUGGUGAAGGAGCUUUCGGAGUGGUAUACCGUGGUUAUUACAGAAAAACGGGAACGACGACUGAUAUGCGAGUCGCAAUUAAGACGCUGCAACCGAAAAAAGACAUGACUAACGUAGAGGUGAAAUUCGACGACGAUAACACACCAAAUCCUGAAGUAGAAAGAGAGAAAAGACAACGAAUCAAGAGGGCCGAGCUCUCAUGUAUACGUGACUUCCUGACCGAAGCAAUUAUAAUGAGUCAGUUCGAUCAUCCAAAUAUCGUGAAAUUCAUUGGUAUCACUUUCGAAAAGAACUAUAGGUUCAUCGUCACUGAACUUUUGAGCGGUGGGGACUUGAAAGAGUUUUUGAGAAAAAACCGUCCUUCAGCGCAACAAAAUCACAGAAUCAUUCCUAUACGGUUAAAAGAUUUAUUGAAAAUGGCAUUAGACAUCGCAAAAGGUUGCGUGUACUUGGAGCAUCUUCAUUUUAUUCACCGAGACAUUGCUGCCCGAAAUUGUUUAUUGUCCACAACAGGGCGUGGUAGAGUAACGAAAAUUGCUGAUUUCGGCAUGUCUAGAGAUGUGUACAGAAACGAAUACUACAGAAAAGAUGGCCAAGCAAUGUUACCUAUUAAAUGGAUGCCUACCGAGUCAUUGGUUGACGGCGUAUUCAAUUCCAAAACGGAUGUUUGGUCGUAUGGCAUUACAUUUUGGGAAAUCAUGACAUUUGGAUCGAUGCCGUACACUGGCAUGACGAACAAAGAGACUAUGAACUAUGUUAUGAGAGGUGGACGUUUGUCUAGACCUGGCAUUUGCCCGGAACCGGUAUACAAGUUAAUGAGCAGUUGUUGGAAAACAAGUCCACAGAACAGGCCAACCUUUGAGUAUAUACGAAAUAAGCUUCGCCUUUUCAUUCAAGAUCCGGUUAUACUGGAGUUCAAGCAACCGACCAUCGGCCGGGCCGCGUUGCCGCUGCCGUACCGAGCGACGCACCCGUUGCAGACGGACGAGGCCGACGGGUCGGAAGUGGACGGUGGCGGUGGCGGAACGAUGGAGGACGGGCAUCAGCAGCGAGAGGACGAGCAGCAGGAAGAACCGCAGUACGUGACGCCACUGCCAGCGGACGACCUGUUCGAGGGCGUGGACGCAGAGCUGAUGAAAGACGCAGAACGUUACGGUCAGCGUUUGGGCGGCUGCGAAGCAGUGAAGUUGGACGACGGCCGUCACGACUAUUGCGACGAGGACGGUGGCGGUGGUGGCGACGACGACGAUGGGGACGGGGACGACGACGUUUGUGACGGUGACAGGGACGACGAGGGCAACGAUGACGAGUACGACGAUGACGCGAACGUGGUUAACGCUUUGAAUCGUCACGACAGGGACGACGACGACGACGAAGAUCAGAACGCGGACGACGAAGACAAUGACGAGGAGGAGGAAGAAGGAGAGGAGGAGGAGGACGAUAACAACGAUGAAGAGAUCGUGUUGGAAGCGGACACCAAUCAGUUCGACGACGACGACGACGACGACGAAGGGGACAACGCGUACGACGACAACAAUAUGAUGCUUAGGAGCAACGGGGCCGCGUCCUCGUACCACUGGAAUAGGUUCAAAGAGACGAGUUUCAUAAGCAUGAAAGAACCGAACACCAAACACUCCCGUGAAGACGGCCCGGGAAAUUCGUCGAGGAGAAGAAAAUCAUUCUCCGAACUCGAAGACAACCGAUCUAACCAUUAUUCACUAAAGGGACGCGUCCGUUACAACGUUGCCAGUGAUGGGAAAAUAAGAUGCUGACAUCCGGACUCAAGGACUUCGGUUAUCGAGUCCUUGGAAAUGUUAUGAAACGUUCUUUUUUAUAUAGUUCAAUUAAGUUCUACAUAUGACUGUUGUAAAUAACUUUUAUCAUUAUUAUAAUUAUUAUUUUUUCAAUCUAAAUUAUUUACGAAAAAUGUUUUCUUACACUGUUAUAUAUUAUAUCAUACACGUUUGUUAUCCAGAGUGUAAUAUUAUGACCGUCGAUAACUUGUAAUAGGCUACAAAACGGAUAUUGUAAUUUAUUUUAAUUCUGUUCGAAACAAGCAUAAUACAUAAUACUUAUAAUUUAUUUAGGCUAGUGAUAGAUAUAAGAAUAUUCUUAAUGUUUCAAGGAUAAGUCGGUUAAAAUUUAAAAAACCAAAUAUAUCAUUAGAGUAUCUAAAACAUUUUUAUAUUGUCUGAUUAAGUUACGUUGAAGAUCUCUAUCGUAUUUGAAUAACAGACGGGCAGUUAUUUGAAUGUGAUUGAACAAUUUUUAGAUAAAAAAAUAAUUUAAAAAAAAAAAAAAUUAAAAAAAAAGAUUAAAUUUUAUACACCACGUUGUGAUUAAAUUAUAUUUUUUACAUAAUUGGUAGAAAUAUAUUAAUGGUUUGUAUUGAGAAAUAACGUGUCAAUCAGCCUGAUAUUUGUAAUCAAUUUUUUCAAAUAAUAUUAAUUUUUUCUAUGAUCAUAUUAUUAUAAUAGGCCGAUGUUAGUGAAAUAUCGCAACGCCAAAACACAUUAUUUUGAUUUGAUCAUGGAGCGUAUAAAUAUUUUCACUACCAAAUGGGAAUAAAAAAAAAAAAAAAACACUAACUAUCAUUUAUUUUGACAUUACUUUCUUACCUUAUUAUUCUUUGUCGAAUUGGAGUCCAUACGUAUGGAUUUUAAUAAAAGUGUAAUAUUAUCUAAUAUAAAUUCAGUAUAUUCUAUCAUUGCUAACCAAAUGUAACCUCAAAAGUUUUCUUGUAGAAACCAAAAAAUUUCAAUAUUUCAAUAUUUUCUAUCAAAGAAGCUUAAAUAUCAUAAUGUAAUAGCCUAACAUAAUCUUUAUACCAUCAGGUCACAAGUUACACUAAAUUAAUAUAAUCUCAAUUAACUCUCAUUUCUUAACUAUUUUUAUUACUAUCCAAAGUAUACCUACACCUGUGUUUGAGGCUGUGUGGAGAAUUAAAAUAAUGAUAAUGGUCAUGAGAUAUUAACAUUAAUACUCAUGGUAUUCUAUGUUACUUCGACAUUUGUAAAGUUGUAACUUACGAGUAACUUAAACUUCUAUGAGCAAAAAAAAAAAAAACCAAAUAUUUUGAAAACCUUAAAACUAACUUUUUGAUAAUCAGUAGAAGUUAUAGUUUUCACAUGCAUAUUAUAAUAUAACAAUAUAAAUAGAUUAUAUGUAAUUAAAUAAUAUAACUUGUAAAUACAUUUUUCAUAGAAUAGUUCAUUAUGUAGACAACCAUGAAUAUUAUAUAGUAUAGAAAUAAAAUGAGCGUAGAGUUUAUACAAUUUUUUUUAUUGAAAUGUGAUAAAUCAGUUUUAUAUUUAUUUUGCAUUGUUCUAUAGGUAAUGCUCAAAUUUCGCAAUAUUGUUUUUGAUAAUUUAUAUUUGAUAUUUGAUUUGGGUAUCGAAUGAAACAUUCAAAUUUGUUAGCCCAAAACAAAUGUGUAGUAACUAACGGUUUUAUAAAAUCAAUAGGAAAUAAUUCUCAAAUAAACUACUUACUACUUUUA